GUACAAUGAGUGACACCAUUUCUUUCGGCACGUGGGGCCACCACUACUACGAGGCGCGGCGGAACAGUCGUCGACCUGCGAUCCCUGUUAGUAGACGGAGGUCCUUCUUUCGAGCGAGUAGUGAGAGGAUAGUAGAAGAUAGUGGUGUCCCAGUGCUUCAUCGGAUCCACUCGUAGACGACGAAAAACCAAACCAAGCUCACGAUGCGUUCGUUCACCGUCAUGUGUCUGGCCGUGCUGGCCGUGUCCUUCUGCUACGUGGCUCAGGCUGCGGACGAAGCGGCCGCCAAACCCGCUGCCGCUGCUGCCACCGGCGAAAGCAGCAAAACCUACAAGCGACUCAUUCCGGCGGACGUGCUGCGUGAUUUUCCCGGUAUGUGCUUCGCGUCGACAAAGUGCGCCACCUUCGAGCCCGGCCAGGCCUGGGAACUGAGCCCGUUCUGUGGCCGUUCCACCUGCGUCCUGUCCGAUGAUGCCCAGCCACGCCUGCUGGAGCUGGUUGAGGACUGCGGACCGCUGCCGCUGGCCAACGACAAGUGCAAGUUGGACACCGAGAAGACCAACAAAACCGCUCCGUUCCCGGCCUGCUGCCCAACCUUCGUCUGCGAGGAGGGCGCGAAGCUCGAGUACCCAGAAGUCAAGUCUGGUCCGGAAGAGGGCUCGGAGGCGCCAGCCAAAAACUAAACGCCCAGCAGCGUCAUCUCUUAAUCCAUGAGCUCUAGAGCGGCUCGGCGGCAGCGGCAGCUCGUAUCCUAAGAAUUAGAUCGUGAAACAAAAAGACACUAAACCUUAGCAGAAACCACAAACAGAACAUGAGAAACCCCGACGACCAUGCGAGUACUUCUUGAACUACUCCUCUUAUUUUUUUUUUUUACUAGACCCACUCUCACCCAAAGCUCGCGUACCCAAUGUCGGGUCGAGCUCUUUCAAGUCUCGCCCCUCGAACAGUAUAUGAACAAUUAGUCAAGUUUGUGAUAUUAGACGUAUAUAUUUAUCUGGAGAGGAAGUAACAGCAAAAUCAACGCAACCACCCCGGCAGACUGUGUAAUGGCAGAUCGGAAUUGGCACAGAACCGCGAACGCGAAGAAGCAGCGAAAGCCAGGAACAGAAGUACAAGACCAGAGACACGGACACGGACGUGCGUUGAGUGUUUUUAGCUUAGCCUUUUUUGUUUUGUGUAGCGCUGUGUAGAUUGUUCUGUACGCACUGUUAGCAUUACGCCAUGAACAACAGAAAUCCGAUCCCAUCUCUCUUUCUUCCAUGCGCAUUCCUUCUCAUUCCACACGCGAUCCGGUGCAGAUGAUCACUUUGUACGACAGAAACAAAACAAACAAAAAACCAUCCGCUACUGUUUUAAGUUUCGUAAUUUUCGGUUUUCGACGUAUCUUUUUCAAAUAAAAACCAUUCAAUGAACUACGUA